AUGGGACGGACACGGAUUUACGCCCGUCGCCAGACUGAUGAAAGCUCGCCGGUCACCUUCCCGCGGUGGGGUGAUUUCAGGUCGCGGUGGGCUGAUGGCGUCGAAUUAGGGAUUGCGCGCCCGCCCAUCCCACAGGAGCUCUUGUGGCUAGUGUCCAAAUCGAGAUCUCAGCCAGGUCACCGUAUGGAAUUCGCGGGCAGGGUGCCAACCAACCAGCCAGCUGGUUACGACGGCUCGACAAGGCCCAUGCCGAGUUCGCGACAGAUUCACCGAAUUGUCGACCCGUUUUGGCGCUUGGCGCGAGCCUCGGGAUUUAGCCACACCUUUGGCCAUGCUGGUUCGGCUUGCCUUGGCCCACUCAGCUGGCGGCACUUCGCCGAUGUUAAGCCCCAAAAAAGCUACUGCGCGACUACCUCUGGCUACGAUCUGCUCCAAGACAUGAAAGAAAAAGAAAAAUAA